AUGGCCCUCAUGCAACCACUGGCUAACGAGUUUGAAAUGAAGGAGCCAGUCCUCAAGAAGCGUCGCAUUGGAGCGACCCAGAUGGAACCGCAACUGACGAUUGUGGAGGAAAACAACCACUCCGGAGCACCAUCGUCACAGACCCAGAAUGGAGGCGCCGUAGCCUCAUACCCCGACCAUGUGACCAACCAGGUGAUCUCGUCGCUCACCUGCCCCCCAAACCUGCAGGUGGCCCAUGACUACGCCAACCACAAGACCCCGUCGUUCGAGGUGCAGGCGUACGCCAAGUUGGCUGGCCAGAACUGGACGUAUUUUGUGCAGAAGCUGCACGUGAUCAUCGGCCGGUCUUCGGAGCAGCAGGAGGUGGAUAUUGAUCUGGGCCCGGCCAAGGUGGUCUCCCGGAAACACGCCUCCAUCGAAUACAACUCCGAGGCCCAACAGUGGCAGCUGUGGGUUCGGGGACGAAACGGAGUCAAGGUGGACCGCGUGGUGUACAAGGAGGGACACGUGGCCCUACGCUCGGGCUCCGUCGUUGAUAUUGGCGGCGUGCAGAUGAUGUUUGUGCUGCCUGGUCAAAAGGUGGAACUCAGCGGAGUGUGGGUCGAGGAGGCAGAGCAGCAGCAGCAACAGCAGCAGGGCCAUGUGGCAGAUACGUCUUCCAACCACAUGACUUCUUUGCCUCAUCCUCAGAUGACUCCUACACACCACCAGAUUGGUCAUAUGAACUCGCUCACCGACAUCUCUGACAUUUCCAUGGCGUCGCAUAUGUCCAUGGACGACUUCAACCACAGCUUCACAUCACUGGCGGACCGGGUGUCUCCCUCGCGCGGCAAGUCCGUCUUCUCUGUGUAUAGUGGGGUUGACCAUGGGGGCCACCAUAGCCCCCAUGUUGCACACGCUCAGCCACAGCAGCCACAACAAGCACCGCACUUACAGACGCAGUUGCCACAGCAACAGCAACAGCAACCGCUACCCCUUCCUUCAGGCAACAUGACGUCCUCGUCGUAUCCCCGUGGUGUGGCGUUGAUCUCGCGGCCGCAGAUCCGCAACCACACCAACCACUACACCGACUAUGAUCUAUCUCUGGACGACGCAAAAGACAUUAAGCCGCCGUACUCGUAUGCGACGAUGAUCACCAAGGCAAUUCUGUCCGGCGAAGAGCACAUGAUGACAUUGGCAGAGAUCUACGAGUGGAUCAGCAAACACUACUCGUUUUACCGGCACUCGCGCACCGGGUGGCAGAACUCGAUCCGGCACAACCUGUCGCUCAACAAGGCGUUUGUAAAGGUGCCGAGACGGAGCGACGAGCCUGGCAAGGGUAUGAAGUGGCAAGUGACCCCCGAGCAUAAGGAGGAGUUCCUGCGCAAGAGCAAGGGCGGCGAGCUGGUGAAGAAGCGGCCUGCAGGGACUCUUACGCUGCAGAGAACCGGAGGGGCUAGCGGAGGACAUGUCGGGGGAGUUACAGGGGGCAGCAUGUCAACGUUUGUGGUUGCGCCUCCUCCUCCCGGUGGCGAGCAGAUUUGUCUUGGCACCGGUCCGGUCAUACCGCAGCAGUCGGCACAGCCUAGCCUUGGAGGACUGGCAGGUGGCUCUGGACGAGAGGGCCGGGGCAGCAUCGACGGCGCGACUCCUAAUUUGGCUCACCCAAACUCGAGCCAGAGUCAGAAUAGUUCUGCCAACAGCCAGGGUGCCAGCAAUAGCAACAGCUCCAGUAACCAUGGAGGAUCUAGCAACAACUCCGAACAGCCUUCUGAGCAGUCGUCUGGUUCCAACAACCCCUUGUCGACUCCUCGCAAGGACCAGUUUGGCGGUGUUGGCUUUGAAGACUUUGCAUUCACUCCCAGCCCACGGUACAAGGAGACGUUCACUCCUGAUCGUCUGAGCAACAUUUCUGCUAGCAGAAGUACCGUGAACAUGGGUGUGGCGGCCACCAAGACGGAGUCUGGCACUGGCACGACUCCCUCGGUGGCUGGAGCAACGACUCUGCCCACCACGAGCGCCACUCCUGCUCCUGCGGCUCCCAAUCUGUCACUGGCGCCUCCUUCUGCCCAGCAGCAGCUUCCAUCGUCAUUCAUGCCUGCUUCUUCUCCGGCGCCGUUCUGGCGCUUCAUGCAGCUCAGCAGCACGCCUGUUCGGGGAGGUGAGGGCUUUAGCCCAGUCAAGUACUCUCCCUCGCGUGAAGGAGGGUCUGGGGCUCGAGGGGGCGAUGCAGACGGGCUUGGCGAUCUGCAGAACAUUGAUUUGACCCGGGGGUUCAAGAACUGGCAAGACAGUCCAGCCAAGGUGGCCAAGUAG